UGACACUUUGGCAGCGAGGUGUUUGUGUAAGAGUGUUUCUCAUAGCUCUCACACUAAUCCAUGACCACAAAAACAAACUUCCUAUUGCAUUGACACCACUCCGACAAGUCAUUAUUGUCUUUGAAGACGGUGUACUGGCCUAGGUUGUGCAGUUUUGACCCUCUGGCGUCUACAUAUUUAUGUUCUACACGCCAUUUGAACAGGUUGCAUUGUGGCGUGUGAGCGGUAUUAGUGAUGGUAUCUGUAAUCUCCCAUUAGUGUCCCCGUCAUCCAGGUUCCCCAUCACUCCCAUCAAGGCACAUGAGGGCCAAAGUACAUGAGACAACAUGGUGUGAGAAUGAGACAUAAUAGCAGUUUGUGUGUGAGUGCGCAUGUCUCUACAGGUCCUGUCCGUCCUGUCCUUCCUGUAUGUAUGAGAGAGAAGCACGUGACAAACAUCGAUGGAAAGAAAGAAAGAAAAAAACGAGAAAUGCGAGUGCAAGGAAGUGACGAGAGAGAGAAUUGGAGUGAGAGAAAGACGUCGAAAUAAUAGAGACGAAGGGCUGCUGGAAGCCAGAUGUUUUGCGGCUAAAAAAACCAGAGAUGAAUCAAAGCCAUGUGAAGAUAUUUAUUAGGUUCCCAUAGGAGCCCAGGCUGAAUUACAUGGAUCCCACUUUGUUUACAGUGGCAAGAACCCCGAAACCAGCCAUCACUUACACUACUGCUUUGGCUGGGAAUGUGAAGACUUCAUAUUUGGACUUAUAAAGGCUUUUGUCUUCAUUCUCUUCUCUCUCUCUGCUGGAGGAGCGAGCGGAGAAACACAUGGCUGUUUAGUCUGAAUCGAUGCCCUGAGCAAGAGAAGUAAAGAAGCAGAGGCCGCCUUCUUAAACGUGUACAAGAAAAUAAUUGAUGUCCCAGAUCCCGUACCUGUGCUGGAUCUGGCUCAGCAGCUCCAGCUGAAGCUCCAGAGGAUGCACGACAUUGAGACGGAGAACACCAAACUUCGAGAGACAUUGGAGGACUACAAUAAAGAGUUUGCGGACGUCAAAAACCAAGAGGUGACCAUUAAGGCCCUGAAGGAGAAGAUCCGAGAGUACGAGCAGUCCCUGAAGAAUCAAGCCGAGAACCUGGCACAAGAAAGGCAGCUCCAGCUUCACAACGACUAUGCAGAGAAGGAGAGGAAACUCCAGGAGAGCCAAGAUUCCAUGUCGUCACGGUUGGAAGAGGCCGAGCACAAAGCCCAGUCCCUCCACACAGCACUUGAAACAACUCAGGCCGAGCUCUUUGACUUGAAGACCAAGUAUGACGAGGAAUCCUCAGCAAAGGCCGACGAGAUCGAGAUGGUGAUGACGGACCUUGAAAGAGCCAAUCAGCGAGCUGAAGCAGCGCAAAGAGAAGCUGAGUCACUGCGGGAGCAGCUGUCCUUGACUAACCAAUCCCAGCCAGCCGCCAGCCCCACCAAGGCCGACCCCGACACGGAACAGGCAGCAGAGGUGGCAUCCCACUCAAGUCUGGAGGCGGAGCUCAGGGCCAAAGAAAGGGAAACCGCACAGCUGGUGGAGGACGUCCAGAGACUGCAGGCCAGCCUGACCAAACUCCGAGAGACCACCAGCACCCAGAUCACACAGCUGGAGCAGCAACUCAGCAGCAAGACGGCCGUUCUCAAGGAACUGGAGGAGAAGCUUGAGAAGCAAGCAGACUAUGAGGAGGUGAAGAAGGAGUUGGGUAUUCUGAAGUCAGUGGAGUUUGGAGCAUCGGACUCGGCGCAGGAUUCAUCCAAACCUCUGGAGGUGUUGUUACUGGAGAGGAACCGCAGUCUUCAGUCGGAGAGUGCCGCACUACGCAUAGCCAACACUGAGCUCAGUGGGUCAGCCGGGCGGAAAGGGUCAGAAGAGAAGACAACCAAGGAGGAAACCAGCAACCCUUCUUCUUCGCCACCUCCUCCCCCUCCUUCUCUUCCUUCCUCCUCGCAGCCUCCCCUAUCUCGCGCUCACACAAUCGCCCUCAACACCGCCACCACUACCAGCAGCAGCGGGGAGACGCACCCGUUCACUCCAACUGGCAUUGGACAGGACUUCUACUCUCCCGUCUUCCCGCUGGUGGGCGGUAAAAUGGCUCUGAACUCCUUGAUCCAGCGGCAGCUGCUCCAGACCUUCUACUCCAAAGCGUUGCAGGAGUCUUCUGGGAUCCCCAGCGGGGCUUUACUGUUCACCCCCUUCACUCCCACCCUCAGCUCCAUCCCGACCUCCACCCCCGGCUCCGGCUCUGCCGCCGUCCCUCUGGCCGCCAGCAGCCCCCAGCCGCCCCCGGCCAGCCCGGACAUGGGUCCCGUCAACGGGAGCAGCACCGCCGGCAGCGCCCCCUCGCCGUCACCCAGCCACUCUGACGCCACCACGGGGAGUGUUUUGGACGGCGAGGACAUGGACACGGCGGAGAUUGCCCGGCAGGUGAAAGAGCAGCUGAUCAAGCACAACAUUGGCCAGCGUGUGUUUGGCCACUACGUGCUGGGACUCUCCCAGGGUUCGGUCAGCGAGAUCCUUGCCAGACCAAAGCCUUGGAACAAACUCACCAUCCGGGGGAAGGAGCCCUUCCACAAGAUGAGGCAGUUUCUGGCCGAUGAGCAGAACAUCCUUGCCCUGCGCAGCAUCCAGGGACGGCAAAGAGAGGGCUCAGGCCAGCCCCAGCUUAGCCGAAUGUUUCAGGAUGUUCCGAAGCGGAGAACCCACUCCAAUACAGCUUCACACACAGGGAACAUCACUGCUCGCAUCCGCACUCCAGACGCCGGUUCGGACGAGGCCAUCAAGUCCAUUCUGGAGCAGGCCAAAAGAGAGCUGCAGGUGCAGAAAGCCGUGUGCGGCCCUCGGUGGAAAAAGUUUGGACACCCCUGCCUUAAAACAACAGAUUUGUCCCAGGUGCAGCCCUCGUACGCGGGCCUCAAAGGAGGAGGUUGCAGCAGCAUGGGAGGCGGCAGUGGCUCAGAUGAGGCCAUUCGCUCCAUCCUGGAACAAGCUCGCAGAGAGAUGGAGGCCCAGCAGGCCGCCUUGGAGCCCAUCCUCAAAGCCUCAUCUUCCUCAUCCUCCCUCGGGUCCUUGUCUCAGAGAGACUUCAUGAGCUCGCCGCUCACUGCUCCCCUCCCCCCUUACAACCCUCUCGCGCUCUCCCUCAAGAAGCCGACCAGCUCCCUGUUGUCCUCCCCGUCCUCCCCGUCGCCGGUCUUGGACUUCAGCUCCAGCAUCAAGAAGGAAGCUCGCUCUUCUCUGGGCGUGGACGCCUCAAUGGACGGAGCUCUCAGGCAGAGUCGGAGCUCCGAGGGCUCAGCGCGCUCGGGCAGCGGUGCUGGAGGAGUGGGUUACUGGAGGGAGCAGUGGUGGAGCAGCAUGCACACGGACCACCGCAGGCCCGCAGCUGGAGACGAGAACCACAACCAGGAGGACUCCAAAGAGGGAAUACUGAGUGACGGUCUGUCUCGGAACAAGUCCUGGAACAAACAGAACCAGAGGAACCGGGAGCCGUACCUGCGCAUGCAGCCGUGGCUCAACGGAGACCAGGGACAGAACGCACACAUCCAGCCAGCUCAGAACCAAGAGGGUACUCCCAAGACAUCCGCAAGCUGCAGCCCCGCCCCAGAGUCACCUCUCAGCUCAGCUGAAGAGUCCGUCAACGGUCUGGCAGGAGAUCUGCUUACAUCGCAGUCGUCUGGUCUCAAGCCCAGCUCUGAAGAUCCCACAUGUGGAGACUCUCAGCCCGGCACCCCGCUGCCAAUACCGGGCCACUCGGGUCUAAGCAUUCAGGAGAUGGUUGCAAUGUCUCCUGAACUGGAUACGUACGCAAUUACCAAGAAGGUGAAGGAGGUGCUGACCGACAACAACCUUGGUCAGCGUCUGUUCGGGGAGACUAUCCUGGGUCUGACACAAGGUUCCGUCUCAGACCUGCUGGCCAGACCCAAACCCUGGCACAAGCUCAGCCUGAAGGGUAGGGAGCCCUUUGUGCGCAUGCAGCUCUGGCUGCAGGACCCGCACAGUGUGGAGAAACUCAUGGACAUGAAGCGGCUGGAGAAGAAAGCCUACAUGAAGAGGAGGCUGAGCUCUUUGAGUGACGGCCAUUCUGUGGAUGUGGGCCUCGUGGGGCCGGACUACACGCAGGGCUCUCAGAGUCCGGGGCAGCAGCAUCUGAAGAAACCCAGGGUUGUGCUGGGACCCGAGGAGAAGGAGGCCCUGAAAAGGGCGUACCAACAGAAACCGUACCCCUCCCCUAAGACCAUUGAGGAGCUGGCCUCCCAGCUCAACCUGAAGACUAGUACUGUCAUUAACUGGUUCCAUAAUUAUAGGUCACGUAUCAGACGAGAACUCUUCAUCGAGGAGAUCCAGGCAGCAGGAGGAAUGGGGCCCGGCAGCGAGGGGGGCUCGCCUUCCCUCCGGGGGUCUAAAGCCGGAGAAGGGGACAGCUGUGACGGGACAGAAUCCGAGGGCACGGUGGAGACGCGCCAGGGAUUCGGCGUGGGCCUGGAGGACCACAGGGGAGUGUGCAAGGACCACGACAUGGAGGCGGAGUCCGAAGCAGGGGGCUCUAAUAAUUCCCCUGCCCAGGUAGACUGCGUCCCCCCAGGGUCGAGUUGCGGAUUAGGCCUCUUCAGCCUCACGGAGGCGUCCCCCAGUAGCUCCGCAUCGAGUACUAAUAUACCGGCCAGGAAUCCCAGGGACAACAAUCUGCGGAAGAAGAAAGCGGCCAACCUCAAUAACAUCAUUCACAGGCUGGAGAAGGCUGCCAGUAAAGAGGACCCCUCGGAGUGGGAGUUCUAGCACCCCCUCCCCCUCCCGACCGUCCCUUCGCCCCUCUCGUCUCAUAACCUCACGACCUCUAACUCCGACCCCUCCUGCUCUGUUCCAGUCGGAGAGUGGACGCAGCCAAAGUCAAGCUCAGCAGCCAUUUUUACUACCGAGAAGCUUUCCCAAAAAAACAAAAGAGGAAAGAAACAAAGCGUGGUUGGCAAAAAGUCUCCCGCCAGAAGAUUUACUGAUUACUUAGAAGAACAAAAUAAGAGAACUUAAGUGUCUCUCCUUUUUUUUAAACGGAGUUUUGUUUUUGUACUGAGAAAAGCACUUAGCCGUCCUGCUGGCCUCCGGCCCUGCUGUACCCCGACCCCCCCAUCACCAGCCACUGGUGCACCAGACUGGUUAGUCCCGAGCCGGGGGUCUGACCCACGGCCCGGGCUGAGAACCUGGACUGGGUAAGACAGCAGCUGUCCCAGUGAGAGACACUGCUAGAUGAUAGAUAGAGACAGGAACUCUCUUGCAAGAACUCUCACUUUUUUUUGGAAAGGAGAUGUCUUUUUCCCGCUCUUCUUCUCACCUCCCAAGUGUCCACAGACCUCCCCUCACUCAGUGAGACGCCUCAUUUUUCACACUGUAGAGUGACUGUUACAAACCCUUUGCCUUUUUCACUCACUGCGUGUCUGCGUGUCGGUUUUAGUUUGGUUUUUUCGUAUGUUUAGGGGUCGUGUCAGUGUGCACCCGUGUGUGUGUGUGUGCGUGCGUGUGUGUACACCACAAACGCUGUGUGUGUGUUGUCUCGAUGGCAGCACGUCUGCUUCACUCCUACACUCUUAAGAGGGUCAUGCCAGGCCCGAGUUGCCAUGGUUACCGAUAUACAAACUUUGACCUGUGGUGUCCUCUAUCCUAUCCUGCUGACAGCCAUGUGAUGGCCAGAAGGAUCACUUCAUUUCUCACACACACACACACACACACACACGCACACACACACACACACACACGCACACACACACACACACACGUCUGGAAAGGAAGGAGAGAAGGAGCCCCCUUUUUUUUGCCUCCUUAGGUCCUCCUUGAAGGAAAGAGGGGUCAUCUCUCCUUUAUUUCUUCAUCUUGCAAUUUGGUUGCCAAUAAGAGAUUGCACAGUCUUUUGACUCUAAAGAAAACAAAAUAGGGACUUUUUAGGAUGCAUUUUAAUUAGUACAAAAUAAGCAGAAAAGAGAAUAACAAGUUACUGUUUUUUUGUUGUUGUUUUUUUUAAGCAAAUUACCAUAUUUCCUUGAAUCGCCGCCGGUGCGCUAAUUGUUUUAAAACCUCUUCUCACUCCGGCACUCAGGCAUGCGGUAAAUUUAGGCCUGCGCUUAUAAAUUUGAGUGUGAUGUAAGGAUACCAUCAUGAAAAGCACAUUUAAUUAAAAAAAAUGCUGUCCAUGUGCAGCUCCUUCUGAUCAAAAGCAUCGAUAACUUGUUUAUAGAAGUCUUCCUUAUCUUUCUUCAGUUUUAAAAGUCUCUUUGUCUCGAUGGAGAUCUUCCUUUAUUACCUCUUGCUUCAAUUGAAAGUCCAGUUUAGAAAACUGUUUUAUUUUAGAUAUGUAAUCCUCCAUGUUAAAAGUGCAAGCGAGAGGAAAAAAAAUAAAGGAUCGCUGCUCACUCUUGCUGCUUGUUGUCACUUCUUCUGCAGCCGAGUAGUCGCAAGAAGGAUCACUAGCGCUCUCUACCACCAGGAGGCGGGAGUCAUUUAAUGACUCAUAUUUGACACACGCAGCUACGGUAUAUUAAUAAAACAUAGCUGCUUACUGUUCUUUUUAGCAUAUUCAAUAGCUUGGACCUUAAAUCCUACUGAAUAGCUCUUAAUCUUCUUCUCUUUAUGCAAUUUCAAACGAUUGAAAUCAGCCUCCUCCAUUUUGAAAAUGAUGACAGGUUAAGUGUCACUCGUGACGUGACGAGUUUGACCCUGUGGAAAUUCUAGACAUAUGCUAAUUAUUUGGCGAAACGAGUUUGACCCGGCGGAAAUUCUAGACAUGCGCUAAUAAAAAUAAUAUUUUGCGAAAUGAGUUUGACCCUGCAGUAAUUCUAAACAGGUGCAUACUAUAUACCCGGCGGCAAUUCAAGGAAAUGGUAGGUUGGAAUAAUGUUGCAUCGUCACAAACUAAUGAAUUCACGUAGUACUGUAGCUGGUGAUACUUAAACUCUUCUUUUCUAGGUCGUCACAGUUUGACCCAGCACUGGAUUUGCUCGAGUGCGUGUGGAUGUUUGGUGCGUGUGUGUGUGUGCGUGCGUGUGUGUGUGUGUGUGUGUGUGCGCGUAUCUCCAGCUAAUUUCCUGUUCACAAACACAUCUUUUUAUAGGCCAAAUCAGGAAGAGCGUGUGCGUACAUGUGACGGUGCGUCUCGUGUGUGUGUUUCCCUGCAUGUAAGUCAGGGUCGAGGUCAAUUCACUCAGAGUUUCAAUUUACAAAAGUUCCUAAAGAAGCAUGACGAAGCUCCUGGUUUUUUGCAAUGUACAGUAUUUGAUUCCUUUUUUUUUUUUUUUCGUUAUUUGGAAAGUCCACUCACUCCGAACCCGGGGUGAGUAGUUCCACUUUUUUCUCCAGUCUUCCCUGUAUCCAGGGAGUCUUUUUACAUUCAAUUCUACUGUAUACACUACAAUUUGUAAGGGAUAUCACCUCCUCCUACUUUUCCUGGUCCCACACAAGCCCUCAGUGCCUGUCAGUCCACUGCCUCCCCUUUGUGUGUGUGUGUGUGUGUGUGUGUGUGUGUGUGUGUGUGUGUGUGUGUGUGUGUGUGUGUGUGUGUGUGUGUGUGUGUGUGUGUGUGUGUGUGUGUGUGUGUGUGUGUGUGUGUGUGCGUGUGUGUGUGUAUCCGAUGAGUGUGGGGGGGUUGAUAUUUCUACUUGCACACACUACUCGUGCACAACUGACACCCUUCUUUUAAAGAUGCGUUACCAUUAAUCUUCUCUCACCACCUAGUAUAAUACAAUGAUUUACUGUAGCUUGGUUGUAUUGCUAUUUUGUUGUUGUUGUUGUCGCAUUUAUAGUUUUGGUUGUUAUUCUGCUUAUUUAUAGGUGCUGUCAUAUUUCAUUUAAUGUCUUAUCAUUUGAGUUGUCUAUUUUUUAAGGGAUUAUACUGUUCCUGAGGGCAAGUAACAUUUUUUUCUUAGACGUUAUAGACUGCCGGCAGUAUUGGUUGAUAUUUACAAAGAUGUACUAGUUCUCAUUUGUUUGUAUAUUCAUGAAUUCUUAAGAAAAGCAAGUUUUAGUGUCAUUUCAGUAGCUCUUAAAUAAUGCGUUUGCUACGCCUCACGCCCCCCCCCCCCCCCCCCCCCCCCCCCGGAGCUUUUUGCGUUCUUUUCCAUGACAGUUAUGCUCUCGAAUUGCUAGCUCAAGAAUGAACAAACAUAUCAAGAUGAGUGAUGAUUGAUAGCAUAUCUAUUUCCCCGCUGAUCAUUUCUCCUGGUCUUGUGUCAGCUCUGUCAUAUCCUCCUUAAUCACAUCAUCGAUGAUCAGGUCCGGGUGUAAGCUCGUUGUCACAAGAAAUGAACCCAUGCUGCAAAGAGGUCAUAUCUGCCAAAUUGAGAUUAGACGAGUUGUACCAGCUAGCAACCUGCAAUUAUUAAGAAUUUCUAUUCUCUAGCGGUCGGUAUAGCCAAGCACUUAUUAGGACAGGGUCUGUACAACACUACACCGGAGUACCAUCCCAGGCUCCUGGGAAAUGGAGGCCUUUUAUUCGUCAGCGUGGUUGUAAACCAAGCACAGACUCCCGACAUUAAAACAGAAAACAAACGCCACAGACAGAAGGGAAACACAUCCCACGUGGUUACAAUUAGUCACCGCCUUUCCAAACAGAAUUCUCUUCUCACGCUAUAUGGACUCAAGUAUUGGAACAUGGCUGUUGUAACAGCUACGAUGUGUGGAAGGAUUUUUCAGGUCUUCCCAAAUGUGUUUAACAGCGUCGAGGUCAGGGCUCUUGUUCUUCCUCACCUGUCAGGUUCAAACACCAAACAAGACAAAAAGCAAAAAAUCAGGCAGAGACAGAGUCCAAAUUAGCUCAUGAGGAGAAAGGUCUGGGGCUGCACACUCAGUUACAGUCUCACACCACGCUCUUAAGGUACAGCCCUCGCGCUCCUCUAUUUAUUUGGAAGUUCGCUGAGGCUGCCUCUAAAGGGAGUGGUCACACAUUAUACUCAUUGUAGAUUGUCACAUCAAAACUAUGAAUGAACACACGUGGAGUUAUGUACUUAACACAAAAAAGGUGAAAUAACUGAAAUCAUGUUUUAUGUUCAAGUUUCUUCAAAAUAGCCACCUUUGUUCUGAUUACUGCUUUGCACACUCUCGGCAUUCGAGUCCUCUGGGAACUCCUUCAAGACUGUUGGAAUGCCGUUUCAGGUGACUACCUCUUGAAGCUCGUUAAGAGAAUGCCAAGAGUGUCCAAAUAGUGGCUAUUUUAAAGAAACUCGAAUACAAAAUGUUCCAAACUCCUGUUUCCGCAUACAGUACAGGCCAAAUGUUUGGACACACCUUCUCCUCAUUCAAUCUUUAUUUUCAUGACUAUUUACAUUGUAGAUUGUCACAUCGAAACUGAAUGAACACAUGUGGAGUUAUGUACUUAAAAAAAAAAUAACUGAAAACAUGUUUUGUAUUCGAGUUACUUCAAAAUAGCCACCCUUUGCUCGGAUUUCUGUUUUGCACCCUCUUGGCAUUCUCUCCAUGAGCUUCAAGAGGUAGUCACCUGAAAGGAUUUUCCAACAGUCUUGACAGAGUGCCCAGAGGUCCGAAAUGCCAAAAGUGUGCAAAGCAGUACUGAAAGCAAAGGGUGGCUAUUUUGAAGAAACUUGAACAUAAAACAUGAUUUCAAUUACCGGUAUUUCACUUUUUUUUGGUUAAAUACAUAACUCCACAUGUGUUCUAUUCAUAGUUUUGAUGUGACAAUCUACAACACGGGUCAGCAACCAGUGAGCUGCACCAAUAUUUUAAAUUGUAUUUAUUUACUAGCAAGCUGGUCUCACUUUGCUGGACAUUUUUAAUUCUAAGAGAGACAAAAUUCAAAUAGAAUUUGAAAAUCCAAGAAAAUAUUUUAAAGACUUGGUCUUCACUUGUUUAAAUAAAUUCAUUUAUUUUUUUACUUUGCUUCUUAUAACUUUCAGAAAGACAAUUUUAGAGAAAAAAAUACAACUUUAAAAAUGAUUUUAGGAUUUUUAAACACAUAUACCUUUUUACCUUUUCAAUUCCUUCCUCUUCUUUCCUGACAAUUUAAAUCAAUGUUCAAGUAUUUUUUUUUUUAUUGUAAAGAAUAAUAAAUACAUUUUAAUAUAAUUUUUCAUUUUAGCUUCUGUUUUUUCGACGAAGAAUAUUUGUGAAAUAUUUCUUCAAACUUAUGAUUAAAAUUCCCCAAAAAUAUUCUGGCAAAUCUAGAAAAUCUGUAGAAUCAAAUUUAAAUCUUAUUUCAAAGUCUUUUGAAUUUCUUUUAAAAUUUUUGUUUGGAAAAUCUAGAAGAAAUAAUGAUUUGUCUUUGUUAGAAAUAUAGCUUGGUCCAAUUUGUUAUAUAUUCUAACAAAGUGCAGAUUGGAUUUUAACCUAUUUAAAACAUGUCAUCAACAUGCUAAAAUUAAUCUUAAUCAGGAAAAAUUACUAAUGAUGUUCCAUUAAUUCUUCAUUUAAUUUUUUCAUAAAGAUUCAAUUAGUUAGUUUUAUUUCUUAUUUUUUUCGGUAGAUUUUGGAAUUUUAAAGAGUUGAAAUUAAAGAUAAACUAUGUUUCAAAAUGUAAUUUUCAUUUUUUUCAUGUUUUCUCCUCUUUUAAACCGUUCAAUUAAGUGUUUUUUUCAUAAUUUAUUCUCUACAGAAAACCUUCCGUAAAAGGAAAAAAAUGUACGACAGAAUGACAGACAGAAAUACAAUUUAUUUAAGUGUGUAUCAAACUGGUAGCCCUUGGCAUUAAUCAGUACCCAGGAAGUAGCUCUUGGUUUCAAAAAGGUUGGUGACCCCUGGUCUACAAUGUAAAUAGUCAUGAAAAUAAAAACUGAAAGAGGAGAACGUGAGUCCAAACUUUUGGCCAGCACUGUAUGUGGAAACAGGAGUUUAGAACAGGGGUGUCCAAAGUGCGGCUCGGGGGCCAUUUGUAGCCCGCAGCUAAUUGUUUACCGGCCCGCCACACACUCUUCAAAAAUUGCAAAAUUGAUAGUAUUGCAAAAAUUAAUUAAAAAAAAAAAACAUUUAAGAAAAAUGAAAUGAGGUGAAAUCUAAUGAGAAAAUGUUGACACAAAGCUGCCAUGCAGGCAGUUUUUUUUUUUCCAUUGCUCAAAAAAAAUGGACAAACAAAUCUAUGUUAUAAUGAAUUUUUACUUUAGAAUUAUCACUUUAACAUGUUUUAUGUGGAACAAAUAUUGCAUAUGUUGUGGGGUUGCCAUAUAAAAACAAAGUUUUGACAAAAGAGCAUAAAACCAACAAAAUAAUAGUUCAAACUUAAAAUCGACAGAUAUAUUGGAAGUUGAUCUUGAAAUUUAAGUGUUAAAAGUAAAAAAAAAAAAACGAAUAAAAAUGUAUCACUUUAUGAGUGGGGAACCUUUCGGAUCUCAAAUAUAUUUAGUAGGAUUUUAUUGAACUUUUCACUAUGAUUACUCAAAACUAUUAAAUAAUUAAAAUCAAUGGUGUCCUGCAUUAUUGAUCUUUGAGGGCUUUAAUUCCUAAAUAAAGGAACUCUCCUGAAGGAAUCAAUAAAGUACUAUCUAUCUAUCUAAAUACUGCAUAUUUCAGUUUUAGAAUAGAAGAAGAAUAGAAUGAACUUUAUUGUCAUUAUAUUUGCAUAUAACGAGAUUAAGACUCAAACUUAAGGUGCGGUAGUGGGAAGAAAUAUGGGGUAAAAUAAAUGACACAAGAGGUAAUAAAGGAAAAACUAACAAUUGAAAUAAACAGACUACUGUCCAAUAAAAAUAAUAAGCAAUUCUGUACAAUAUACAAAACACUGUAGAAGUACAAAAUACAAAUACUGUACAAUAUACAGAACAAGACAGGAGUACCGAAGUAAUAAAUAACAAUCAGUGUCGGACGUAUUGCACUGGAAGUGUAGUAUUGCACAGUAGGGUAUUAGGGCAUUAUAUUGUAUAUAGGGGUGAAUUAUUAUUAUUAUAAGUUAGAGUUCAACAUGGUGACAGCUUUGGGAAAGAAGCUGUCUCUGAGCCUGUUUGUUCUGGCUCUGAUGCACCUGUAGCGCCUGCCCGAUGGUAGCAAGGUGGAAGCCAGGGUGUGUGCUGUCUUUAGUGGUGUUUUUUUUGUUCUGUUGAGGCAACGGGAGUUGUGUAAGUCCUUCAGGGAGGGCAGGGGACAGCCGAAGAUUUUUUGUGCAGACUUUACGACCCUCUGAAUCACCUGUUUGUCUGCUUCAGUGCAGAUGGCGUACCACACUGUUAUGCAGUACGUCAGCAGGCUCUCCACAGCCGUGCGAUAGAAGGUCACCACCAGCUGCCUCUCCAGUCUGUUCUUCCUCAGCACCCUUUUACUAUAAAAAACAAAGUUGUCUUUGACAGAAAAGGCAUAAAACCUUAUUUGUUUUACUUUAUAUCAACCUCAAGUUGAUACAGAGAUUUACUGUAAGCUUUAAAUAAAAAAAUAAUAUUAAUAAUUUGACUUAUUUUUAACAUUUUAGUGACUGAGACCCUCUAUGCUCCCCAGGAGCUUAAGGAUUUAAAAAAAAUCCAUAUAUUUUGUUGUGCUUUGAAAAUGAAAAAUAUCAAAUUUUCUCUGUGGAAAAGUUAGGACACCCCUGGUUUUGAACAUUCAGAAAGUUUUCAUGAAUGAGUAAUAGUUUCCCACCCCUAGAGGAGAACAACACUUAAUUAUUGAACCAACAGGAGAGGCGUCCCAAUACUUGUGUCCAUACAGCGCAAGCCGUCGUGUCGGUCGUCCCUUCCUGCGGGCGACAGGUGUCAAACAUCCGAAGGCCGGCGGCGGACGACAUCGGCACGCUUUUCUAGCUACUGCGACAUUGUACCAAGCACUUAAACCCUUUGAGCCGUCGCCUUGUCCCCCGCCAUCCUCCAACCACGUCAGAUCUGUGCCUUUAACUGCCAAGCAGGGCACCCGACUUGCGAUAUCAAAGUCUGAUCCACAUGGAGUCCCCUCAAACACCCCCAAGCCGUCGUCUCUCCUGGAGAGGGUGUGUGUGUGUGUGUGUGUGUGUGUGUGUGUGAGUGUGUGUGUGUGUGUGUGUGUGUGUGUUUGUGUUCUUAAGGAUGGACCCCCUCGGGCUAAGGCGGGUCCCCCAGCAUGACGACGUGGUUGUGCAUAUCUCAGCACGCAGCAAACACUGUAAUAACACUGAAUUUAUUCAUAGGGCAUUUUUCUUUCUUUUCCGUCUGUUCCGUGUCAGGUUUGCUGUGGCGUCACUGCAGGUAUUGAGAUGACGUGUGCCAACUGUUUGGAGAAGAGGAAAAAAAAAAGUGUAAAUAAGCAGCUCCGGAGUCACUUAGUGUCACAGUGUGCUUUUAUUUUGAAGGCAGGACGAGAGAAGGGACGAUUCAGGACUUUUUUUCCAUGAUCCACAGAUAUUUUUCUACAAAUUUAAAGAUGGAGAUGAUUCUAUACACUGUUGUAAAGGUGUAACAGAUGCUGUAUAUCACGACUUGUUUGUUUUGUUUUUCUUUUCCGAAGUCGUAAAGCUUUACUGUAUGAUCUGUUUUUUGAAGUAGUGCUUAUUCAUGUUUUUGUUGGUUGUGUUUGAAGCCUGGACAGCAGCACUGGUCACCCUAUUCAGGAAAAAAAAAACCUUUAAAAAAGAAGAAAGAAAAACCUCAGAUGUUUUUUUUUUUUUGUAAUAAUAAUAAUAAUACUUUUAGAAUAUAUGUAAUGAAGUGGGUUUUGUAAAGAAUGACAGCAGUGCUGUAUGCAGAGCACACACCUAACACAGCACAAUACACUCAUGCUCGCCUCUUCCUUUCUCCAUUUCUUUUUCAAUCUUUUGGAAUUGUCCCCUCAACCUUUCUGGAAUGCUCAACAUUUCAGUGGAGAAAACACAACAAAAAAAAAGGAAGCAAAAAGCCAAAUAGUGACGUAGUGGUCCACAUGUUGUCGUCUCCCUCCUGUAGCUUCAACCACCGUGUAGACUGACAACCAAAAUGUCCCGGGGAGGAGAGAGAGAGAGAGAGAGAGAAUUCCUUCCCUCCCCUCCCUCCUCUCCAACGUUGGAAAGCUUUAAGAUGUUUGUUGAGGCUUUAGCACGUCUUUUUCUUUUUCUUCCCAAGUCCAUUUGACCCUAAGCGGAACACUUCUGCUUAGUUGAAACGUGUGCGUGAGUGUGUGUGUGUGUGUGUGAGUGUGUGUGUGUCGUUGACAAAAAAAAAGGAUGCAUGACCGUAAAAGGGACACUUCAUUCCCUCCCGCCCGUCGCCCUCACCUCUCUCAGCACUUCCGUCACACACGAGAUGCUGUUUUUUUUUUCCUCAUGUUUUCAUGUAUCAUGGCUUUCUUUAUAUCUUUCUAUUUACUAAACGUAACAUGUUGUUUGUUCCCAGCACUGUAAGACAGUCCCUUCUGCAAACAUUGAAAAAGCAAUAUCACUGUAUGAAACUUUCACGAUGUAUUUGUUAUGAUUGACAUUUGAUUCAUCAUCAUUAUUAUUCACAUGCACCCUAGGUGUGAUAAUUGAAGUAAAUCUCUUUUAUACAAAUACUA